GCCGUGGGAUUUUUCGUUGCCUCUUCACGUUUUCGUCUUCUUGUCUCUCUCCUCUUUCUCUUUCUCUUUCUCUUUCUCUCUCUCUCUUCCUUCCAAACGCAUCAGGUACCCUCUGCACCUCUCCACCCCUGUAAACACCAGCGAAACCGAGGGGAAAGGAAAGAAAAGGGUAUCGGGCCGGUAGUUUUGCACCGGGAGUGGAGAGUUACCAGAGCAUUCAUACUCCGUCGAAUUAGGGUUUUGCUCUGGGAGCUCUUCUGGUUCCACCAUUUUGGUUCGUCGAUUGUUGUGGGAGUUUGGAUGCUUGGUUGAAGUUUCCGGUCAUUCAGCGCCUCAUUCCACCGUAGUUUGCAUUUCAAGAUGGCACUGCUCAGGUUUUGGAGGUUCCGAAUUAUUGGGCAUGUUGCUUCAACACAUUUGUACUAUGUUUCUGGCAUUGUUUGCUGAGGUUGGAUGAAAUUGCUCAGAUAGCUGAGAGAGUGCCUUAUGUUAUAUGCAUGUUGGGCUCUUUCUGGCGGAAGAAUCUUUUUUGGAGAAGAAUCAAGUCUUUGUUAUUUUGCCUUCUGCAUUUGCAUCUCACUUGAGGUCACGUUUUUAGAAAUUAUUUUGUUCAGAUUGCUUGCAGUAUAGUAACUAGUUUUUUGUAGUCUGAAGUUAUAUUCGACGUUAGGGGAUAUACUUCUUAUGGUUUGCAAGUAAACUAUACUUGAACAAGCAGUGUGUUUCAUCCUGGGCAGUGCAUCUUACAUGACAAUUUUUUUGCAAUUAUAGCAAAAUGGAUUGCAAUAAAGAGGAGGCUACCAGAGCAAAGGAAAUUGCUGAAAACAAGAUGCAUAGCAGGGAUUUUGUUGGUGCAAAAAAACUUCUGCUUAAAGCUUUGCAUCUUUCACCAGAUAUUGAAAAUGCAUCUCACAUGCUUACUGUUUGUGAAGUGCAUUGCUCUGCCGGAAGUUUGGUUAAUGGUCAGACAGAUCAUUAUGGAGUUCUUCAGGUAGAGGUAUCAGCUGAUGAGGCAUUGAUUAAGAAGCAGUACCGCAGGCUUGCUCUUCUGCUUCAUCCUGACAAGAACAAAUUUGCAGGUGCUGAAGCUGCCUUUAAGCUGGUUGGCGAAGCAUAUAAGGUAUUGUCUGAUCAAGCAAACCGACAAGUUUAUGAUUCAAGAAGAAGAGUGCAAAUGAGGGUUGCAACUUCAUGGCAGCCUUCUCAGAAUUCUAGAAAUGCCAGAAGGUAUACUGCUCCUACAAUCAAUGUUUCAAAAAAUCAAUUUGGCGGAUUAAAACAGCAGGAUCAGCAUCCACCAUCGUCAUUCUUUGCUUCACAAUGCUUUUGGACAAUGUGUGUUUUCUGUAACAAUAGAUUCCAAUAUUCUCGCUCUUGGUUAAACAGAGAGGUCCAAUGUCAAAAAUGCUUCAAGAAAUUUUUUGCAUUUGAGGUGAGUCCUCAAAAUGUUCCACCACCUGGAUCAAGUUCUGGGUUCAACUGGAGCCACACCAGUUCAUAUGAGACGGCUGUUCCUGCUCAGCACUCUUAUAAUCAUGGGAGCCAAACUAAUGCAUCACAACCUUCAAAACCUGUAUCUGCUAAUAAGCAUGAAUAUGGCUCUGGAAACAAGGAGGAAAGAGCUAAUCAGAAAUCUGUAAAUACCAAAAUGGAGAGUAAGCCUUCAUCAAAGCCUUUAUCUGGUAAUUCACGCAGGAUGAGAAAUAGAAAGGUGGAAGUAAACUCUACUGAUUCAGAUUCUUCUGCUGAAACUGAGUCCAUUGAUAGUAUUUCGGAGGUAGAUCCAACCGUCCUUGAUGGUGGGUCAACUAGCGGUAGGUAUCCACGAAGGUCAACACGAUCCAAAACUAACAUCACUUAUAAAGAAGAUGAAAGUGAAGAUGAUGAUAUUGUGUCUCAUUCUAAAAAAUUAAGAAAGGUUGGUUCAUUCGGCAUUAAGAACAAGGACACCUCUUCUCCGGUAGUAACGAAUGGUGUGAAGAUGAAAACUAGUGAGACUCCUAUUCCUGAAGAUGGGAUCAAGAGGGAGCUGACAGACGACGAUCCUUACAAAGAUAAUUUACCAGGAGUGAGUUUUCAAGAGAGAGGAAUGAUGCCUGAAAGCAAGGAAACAGUUUGUAAGAAAAAUGAAAAACAAGUUAGAGCAAGUUCAACAACUUCUGCUGUUGGUUCAAGGUCUAGAAAGCCACAAGCUGUAUCUUCUUUCUCUUACCCAGACCCAGAAUUUUUUGACUUUAACAAAGAGAGGCAUAAAAGUAGAUUUGCUAAGAAUCAGGUCUGGGCAGUUUAUGACGAUGAUGAUGGAAUGCCUCGGUUUUAUGCACUGAUUCAGAAACCUUUUGGUCCAGGCUCCAGACUGCAGUACAUCUGGUUAGAGUACAAUCCUACAAGUGCAGCUGAGAAUGCUUGGGUUGCAGCUGAACUGCCGAUUGCUUGUGGUAGUUUCACUCAUGGAAAGCUCUGUAAUACAAAAAACCAGCAAAUGUUCUCUCAUCUGGUUUUUCCAGAGGUAAGUAUAAAAUAUAUAUAUAGUUUCUAUCCAAAGAAGGGUGAGGUUUGGGCCCUUUUCAAGGAGUGGGAUAUAGGAUGGAGUUCUGCCGUGGAAAGACCCAGGAAUUAUGCAUAUGAAAUUGUUCAAGUUGUUUCAGAUUUUGCAUAUGGUACAGGCAUUACUGUCUGUCAUCUGGCUAAGGUUAAAGGAUUUCGAUAUGUGUUUGCUCCAGUUCAUGAUGAGGGAAACACUGUGAUACCAUCUGGGCAAUUGCUUAAAUUCUCUCACCGUAUACCUUGUUAUAGAAUCCGUGAAGAAAGAGAAGGAAUUCCAAUAGAUUCUUUCGAGCUUGAUCCAGCUGCUUUACCUGAGAGCUUUGUGAAGAUCACGGACACAGUUAGUGUUGAUAAUGUUGAAGUUUUGGAUGCCAAGUUCGUUGAUCCUGCGACUGUUGAAGAUAAACUUGCAGGCACUGCAGUUAACAACAAUGGCUCGAGGCAUAGGCAGAGUGUCUUUGAAACAGGUAGCAAAACUACCAGAGGCCAAGUUAGUGGAAAUUCAGGUGAUAUUCUUGAUAAAUCAAAUCAAACAAGAGAACGGCCUGUGGAUUCAGAAGCACGUUACGAUGCUGAAAAUAGAAGAGGUGAAGCUAUUGGACAUGACAAACAGGGUCCUGCUAAUGGAGGUGCAGAAAGUAAUGACGAUGAUGAAGAUUUUAGCUUUAAUGAAGAAGAGUGUACCAAUGAAGAAGAACGUUCCAAGUCAAGUUUUUACAACUUUCAGGAUGUGAGAGCAGAGGAAAAUUUUGAACCGGGUCAGAUUUGGGCACUUUAUAGUGAUAUAGAUGAAUAUCCCAAGUACUAUGCUUGGAUUAAAAAAGUUGAAUGGGAAGAGGCUGGCUUUGUUAGUAUCAAGUGGCUGGAACACGCACCUGAGACAGAAGAGGAGAAAAUCUGGGCAAAGAAUGGCCUUCCUUUUGGCUGUGGGAGAUUCAAAAUUGUUUCGGGCAUCGAUCAAUUCGAUACAACCGAUGCAUUCUCGCAUAUGGUGCAUGCAAAACCAAUCAAGAAAAAUGAUUUGUAUGAGAUAUAUCCAAACAAUGGUGAGAUUUGGGCUUUAUACAAGAACUGGAGCCCUUUGUGGACCUCUGAAAAUAUAGGAAAUGCUGCCGAUUACUUUCUUGUAGAGAUCAUCGAACGGAAUGAAUCUGUGAUAAAAGCAGUGACCUUAACUAAGGUCAAAGGUUAUAAUUAUGUUUUUAUGCCUGAAAAAAGAGGCGUAGCUGACGUUGAGAUAUCCAUCAAAGAACGCAUGAGAUUUUCUCAUCUGAUUCCUGCGUUUCGAUUAACUAUUCAAGAAUCUGGGAAGCUAGAAGGUUAUUGGGAGCUUGAUCCUGACUCAGUUCCAAAGAUCUUAUUGACCAUGGACUCUUAAGUUUCAUUUUACGCCCUGUACUAAUUAGGUGCAGAACUAGAGUAUGAAGAAGAUGCCUAGGCUUUUUUCAUUUUUUUUGUUUUGGCCAGUGGGAUCUUGAUAAAUUCAGCUUCUUGUUCUCACGGUUACAAGCUUCUUGCAUAUUUCUGGCAUCUUUUGCACCAGUUUUGAAUCUGGAAUCAUCUUCCUGGCAUUUCUGCUUCAUAUAUGAUGAUUUCUGGAGGUAUGGCGGUUUCGCACUUAUAAAAGUCUAAUAGUUGCAAUGUAAAUUAUUAUUAAAUACUAAAACCAUCAGCCUGUGCUAUCAAUUCUGAAAAUUUUUAUGUGUAUGUAUGCUGUAGGUCUACCUUUUUAGGUUCCUUUUCUGAUUCUGGUUGCUGCUGUAAUCUUCUGGUCAAGGUAGAGCAGAACUUACUGUAUCUUGGGCAACUUGACUCAGUUUUCAAAGCCUCCUGCUUUGUUUUCUCUUUUUUCUUUUUAUAAAUAUUUGCUCGUACAGGUUAGUAAUUGCUAGAAAA